UAAUGCGAUUCAGUAGUAAUGGGUUUACCUUGCAAAUGCCUUUAUGACCCACUCAAUCGUGAAGGGAUGAGUAGAAAAGAAAGAGAUUAAACCUUAACAGAAAAUGUGGUCGGGCUGAAAGAUGAAGUUUGAGUUGUCAUGCAGCGGAAGUUGUGGCCUUAACUAAGGCAUGUAUUUUUUUAAAUUGUGAAAUUCUCACGCUCCGCCACUGGUGACGUGGUGAUGAGUAGGUUUUUUUCUCCUCCAAACGGACAUGAUAAAAGCACACUGCUUCUUGCACCGCCCUACUUUACUUCAUAAGAUGGAGAUGAAGGAGGUUCGGUCAGCACCACCAUCAGAAUAUCAGGAACUGCAAUUUAACAGGGACCCAGACACUGUUGUGACCAUCGUCAACCCUGUGGAGCAUCCCAGAGACUAUGUGGUAUGGUCCAUCUGCAGCUUCUUCCACGCAAACCCCUUUUGCCUCGGACUGUUGGCGCUGAUCUUCUCAUUCAAGGCAAGAGACAUGAAGGUGACUGGAGACCUGCAGAGAGCCAGGGAAUACAGCAAGUGGGCUCUGGGCCUCAACGUGGCUGUGCUGAUCAUUCUUAGUUUGACUCUCUUGAGUCUUGUAAUUGUUUUGGUAAUUAUGCCCCUUAGGUUCCUGUUUUAUUCUUAUUGAAUUAUUUCUGCCUCACAGUUUUGAUAAUUAUACCCGUUAUAUUACGUUAUAUAUACUUUUAGCAGCCGCCCCAGCGUGCACUCCAAGUUAAUGAUGCAUAAUGUCUAUAAAAUAACCCAUGGGUAGUCCACCAACAACCCUGUCUCGUCAAAAUUACGUUCCCAGAGAACUAUUCGGCAUUCUCAAUUACGUUUGUCAUAAAACGUAUUUUGUCCGCGAUUACGUUUUAUUGAACGUAUUGCAAAUACGUUCGUCCUCAGCCUAUUUUUUGCCAUUCAUUAACCUCUAGGAUUAUGUUUGGUUGAAACGUAUCCCAGAUAGGUUAAAUGUCAACGUAUAGCACAUUAUUGUCAUUAAGGCAUAUCUCCCUUUCAGGGAACGUUUCAUUUAACGUAUUUUGUCUGAAAAACGUAUCUUGGCUGUGGAUACGUGUUAUUGAACAUAUCGCAAAUACGUUCGUUGUCAACCUAUUUUUUGCCAUUCAUUUACCUCUAGGAUUAUGUUUGGUUGAAACGUAUUCCAAAUAUGUUAAAUGUCAACGUAUAGCACAUUAUUGUCAUUAAGGCAUAUUUCCCUUUCGGGAAACGUUUCAUUUAACGUUAUUUUGUCCCUGAUUACGUCUUAUUGAACAUAUUGCAAAUAGGUUCGUUCUCAACAUUUUUGUUGUUAUUUAUUUAAGCUACCUCUUGGAUUACAGGCUACAUUUAAUUGAAACGUAUCCUUAAUAGGCUACGUUAAAUUUCGAUAACACAUUAUUGUCAGCAUAUAGGCAUAGGUCUACCUCUCGGGGAAGCGUACGUUUGAUUGUAAUGUUAAUAGUCCAACGUUAUAUCAACAUGUCACAAGAGGAGAAAUUAGCUGCUGACGGGGUAACUGUAGGAGCGGGGGUUGCUUUGUUGAUUUCUUUAUCUAGGGCUAUAGCUGUGGUCAAAGCGGGAAGUGUGCGUUGUCUGGGCGGCUGCCUGAACUGAGCUGCAGGAAAUUAUGUUCACACGUUUCUUCAUUCAUUCAUGAAGGCUAUACCGGUGAACGGUGACGUCAGACUCACGCCCACCGACAAACCAAUCAAUGUCCAGUAUCAGCCUGUCCUCUCGGAAAAUACGACCACGUAGGUGGUUUGUUCCGCCACAGAUUACGACCCAUUGGAAUUUAUCCAAAACGAGCGAACGAGGCCCUCUACAUGUGCGGGGAACACUUUCUCAUCAAAAUUACGUUCCCAGAGAACUAUUCGGCAUUCUCAAUUACAUUUGUCUAAAAAACGUUUUUUGUCCGUGAUUACGUUUUAUUGAACAUAUUGUAAUGACCUCGCCGGUGAAAUAACGAUGUCGAGUCAUUAGUAAUUGAAGGAACUUUUAAUGGACCAAAACCAGGUCACUGAAACCCGUAACCAACGGCAGAAAUCCCACCCAAAACAAACCCCGGUUACCCCGGCAACCCCCAACACGGUCUCACUCACGUGCAGGCCCCCACCCUCGUG